AUGCCUCAUAUCCGAAGCUCUCAGUGGAGACCACGUCAAAGUCACGUCGAGGCACUGAAGAAAGGGAACAAGCUGCUUUUUGGCCGAAGCACUGUCUUCAUCCGUAGUUCUUUGGUGAAGCACUCUCUCUCUCUCUUUGUCAAGGCACUUUCUCUUUUGGCUGAAGAUUCAUUUCCAGGCAAUGGACACUGGAUUGCUAUGAAAUGGCUGUUAAAGUACUUAAAGGAUAAUGAUGUGCGCUUGAUGUAUAAACAGAGUAAAGAAGGUGUAAAACUUGAGGGAUUUCCUCAUUUAGACCUUGCUGAGGAUAUGGAUAUUAGGAGGUCAAUACAUAUUGCGGCGGGUUCAGGGACGGUUUCUGGUCCGACUCUAGUGGCGGCGGCUCUGGAAACGGAUACUGCAGCUGAUGCCAGCAGUGGUGAGAUCAGCAUACAGUGGGAAAGUGGUUCAAAUGCCCAAUGGGCAGCCUUGUUGGAGAACAAUAAUUUUUGGUCACUUGUAUGUAAGGGAAAUGAUACAUUACCUUACUUGACUAUUGAAGUUGCCAGGUCUCCCAUGGCAGCAAGUGGAAACUCAAGUGGUAUCUCUGGAAAGAGGAUUACAAGUGCCUGGGAAGAGGGGUAG